UUGUCCUUGAAGUCUCAUUGGGGUGUUAAAGGAAGCGAUAAAAACAGAACAUCAAAGCUUUCCAUUGUCAAAGCACGCACAAUCUUACAAAGGUUAAGCAUGUUUAAGUUUACCGUUCUCUACCUUUUAGGGAUAACUUUUGGGACAAUUUCUAAUUCGUCUCAACAGAUGGCGAUAUCAUACACGGAGAAGAAGUUCGUAGCAAAGCAGUUACGUGCCCUAAGGGAGUGUUACAGUUCCCAACUUGAGCAAACUUCUUACAACGAUACGAUAAUAUAUUGUCCAACUGAUUUUGAUGGAUGGAGUUGUUGGUUGCCAACACCUGCUGGGAAAACAUCUACUAUUACAUGUCCAAAAAUCAUAUACGAAGGAGACGAAGCGAGAUACGCCACAAGAUUUUGUCAAGUCGAUGGUACUUGGCCUAUUGAUCCAAAAAGCCAAAUUGACAUUAUCGAUUACAGUUCCUGUUUAUCUAAUUUUUCUAAACAGGUACCAGAUGUAAAGUUACUGACGUAUGUUCUAACGAAAUUAUCACUUUCUGAUUGGAAUCCUUAUGAGGCACCAAUGGAUGAAAUCUCAUUAGAAGAAUGUAUUACAGAAAUUAUAUUAUCUGAUCAUAAACCGUUAGAUGGGUUAUAUUGUGAAAGAACUUAUGAUGGAUGGGGAUGCUGGAAUGACACGAAAGCUGGAGAUAUAGCUUACACCAAAUGCCCAGCUAUGAUAUUUCCCAAUUCUGAAGAAAGAACAGCAUAUAAAGUGUGUAAUGAAGAUGGAACAUGGUUUAAACAUCCUCAUUCUAACAAAACAUGGUCCAAUUAUACUACUUGUGUAGACUAUGAAGAUUUGAAAUUUAGACAACUGAUUAAUUCACUUCAGAUGGGUGGAUAUGCAAUAUCAGCAACAGCAUUGAUCAUAUCUUUAUUCAUAUAUUUUUACUUUAAAGCUUUGCAAUGUACAAGAGUUAUUAUCCAUAAAAAUUUAUUCACUUCAUUCUUUGUCAGUAGCAUACUAUGGAUAAUAUGGUACAGUACUGUUGUAGCUAAUCAUCAGAUUGUUAAAGACAAUAAAAUAAGUUGCCAGGUUUUACAUAUUCUUUUAUAUUACUUCAUGGUAACUAAUUAUUUUUGGAUGUUGUGUGAAGGUUUAUAUCUUCAUGUAUUACUUGUCAUUGCUUUCUUAUCAGAAUCAAAAGUUUUAAUAUGGUUAUACUUUCUUGGUUGGGGAUUUCCUGUAGUUUUGAUCGUAGCUUAUGGAGUUGCAAGAAGUCGCCACUCUGAAAAUAUUUUACAUUGCUGGAUGGAUGACAGUAAAUAUUUAUGGAUAUUGUCAGGACCAGUUUGUAUAUCAUUAAUAGUAAGUGUAUAACUUACAUAAUAGUUUCAUUAGUUUCUAAUAAACAGUAUUUUUUUUUUCCUUUAAUAAAUUUAUGAUUCUAUGUAUUUAUUUUUAACUGAUUUCUCCAAACUAAUAGUGUGAUUUGCACACUUUAUCAUACAUCUCUGUUCCAUUUUUUUGGUAUAAAUAUAUGUUUGUGGAAGGGGCAUGUCUGUAUUUUCUAAGAGAAUAACACGAAAGCUUACAUUUUUCUACACUUUAAAGAAUAUAACAUGAAUUUAUUUGAGUAAAAAGUAAGAAAAUUUAGCUAUUUUCUCAAUGUUUCUCUCUCUCUCUCUCUUUUAAAGAAGGAAACAUAAGGUAUUGGUGUUUAUAUUAAUUUAAAUAAACAAGAUAUAUCUGUUAAUGUAUAUUUAUUUAUAGGAAAAACUCCUGCACACUAUUUAUUUGCAUACAAAUAUAAAACUUUACAUUUAUCUAUACUAUAAAGGGAAGAAAAGUAAGGAUUUUCAACUGAAUUACCUUAUUUUCUUUUCUUAAUGUUUGUGUUUAUCUUAAUUUAAAUAAACAAGAUAUGGUUUCAUGUAUUUUAUAUUUAGGUAGAACUUUUACACACACAAACACACACUAUAUGUUUCAUUCUCUAUAAUAUGUAACUUGCAAAACAUUAAUGAAAUGUUAUUCUCUGUAUUGAAAGUGUGAAAAAUUAAGAAUGACAUUUAAAAAAUUUUAUUUGUAAAGUUAGAAUAUUUACAGAAUCCAGAAAACAUUUCAAUUAUAUCCAA